UUAGAGAUAUUCUAGAGGCAGGUUUGGCUGGGUCUCCAGCUGAUGAGUUUGCUUCCUUCCUUUCUUAAGCAUUUUCUUGGAUUUCUGGCCCAAAGAAGAGCUCAGUGAAAGAUGGAGCUGUUUGGGGCAGGAGCGCUGCUCCUUCUCUGCCUGCUCUUCACUUUACUCUCCUCCUCCUUCAAAAUGUACAAGAAGAAAAGCCAGCUACCCCCAGGACCAACUCCCUGGCUCUUUCUGGGAAAUCUCCUACAGAAAGAUGUCCUGCCUCUCUACAAGUUCUAUACAAAGCUCAUUGAUAAAUAUGGCCCCAUCUUUACAGUCUGGAUCGGGCCAAAGCCCAUCGUUGUGAUUUGUGGAUAUGAAACAAUGAAAGAUGCUUUUGUGAAUCAUGCUGAAGAAUUUGGUGGGCGUCCUGCAAUGCCAUUCUUGGAAAGAGUGAACAAAUAUCGCGGACUGUCCACCAGAAAUGAGGCAAAAUGGAGAGAGCUGCGCAGAUUCACAUUCUCCACCCUGCGGGAAUUUGGGAUGGGAAAGAGAACAAUGUCUGAGAGGAUACAAGAGGAAGCCCUUUGUCUGGUAGAAGAAUUGGUAGCCACACAAGGGCAGGCCUUUGACCCAAGAAGAAGCUUCGCAUGUGCUGUUUCAAAUGUCAUCUCUUCAGUUGUCUUUGGGAAUCGGUUUGACUACAAAGAUCAGGUCCUGCUGGAGAUGCUGCGUAUUUUGGAGGACUUCAUGGGCUACCUCCGUACUUUAUCAAUGCAGAUUUAUAAUGUACUCCCAGGAAUAAUGGCUUACCUACCUGGACAGCACAGGAAGAUAUUAGCAGAUUGUGAAAAAAUGAAGGCCUUCAUUCGUGAGAGGGUGGAGUCCCACAGGAGGACACUGGAUUCUCAGAAUCUCCGUGACUAUAUUGAUUGCUUCCUUAUCAGGUCAGAGGAGAAACAAACCAAUCCUGAGGAUAUCUACAGCACCGAAGAGCUUGUCCAGUGCGUGUUUGGACUCUUUAUUGCCGGAACAUCAAACUCAAGCAAUGCCUUGGUCUUCAGCCUCCUGAUGAUGGCUAAAUUUCCGCACAUUCAAGCGAAAGUUCAACAGGAGAUCGAUGAGGUAGUAGGUGCCAACCGCAUCCCUGGCAUGGACGAUUGGGUGAAGAUGCCCUUCACAAAUGCCGUUAUCCAUGAGACUCAACGAUUUGAAAAAGGGACCCUUGAGGGCUUCCCACGUGGAACGACGUGUCGUACAGAGUUCCGGGGCCACAUCAUCCCGCAGUCCACCGCUGUGGUUCCAUUGCUCACAACUGUGCACCGUGACCCACUCCAGUGGGAGACUCCAGAAAAGUUUAACCCAGGACAUUUCUUGGAUGAGAAGGGUCAGUUCCGGAAAAGAUGUGCCUUCAUGCCUUUUUCUGCAGGAAAACGGGCAUGCCCAGGGGAAGCCCUGGCUCGGAUGGAACUGUUCCUGUUCUUCGCUGUUCUGCUCCAGAACUUCACCUUCCAGCUGGUGGGAGAUUUCAAAGGAAAGGACCUAACUUCUUUUCAUAUGCAGGACACAAUGAAGAGCGCAUGCUUACAAAUGCAAGCCAUUCGACGUUCUAAGUGAUCCAACGAGGUAAACUAAGCAGAAAGGAUCAAGUCAGUGCCUCCAAAACUAUUUGUAGUAAGUAGAGAAUGGAAACACCGAGAGAUUUGAAUCCAACAGUACUGAGGAAAACCCAAUAUUCCAAGCUUAGGUGGAACAGACCAUAGGAGCCAACUUCGAGGUUCCUUCGCCGCCCCGCAGUAAAAUAUUUGAGGAGGCUGCCCCGCAAGUUGAUAGGCAUUGCCAUUCAAAUGGGGUGUGUAUGCUGCAUCUUGUGAUCAAUUAUGCAGGGCGGGGUUUACCUCCCCCCUCCUCUUGUUAUUUUAUUCAAGUUAGCACCCCUGGACAAGAGAGAAAUUGAACGGGCAAAUCCAGAUAUUCUCAGACAUCAGCUCCCAUCAUCCCAGCUAGUAGUUGCUAGCAGGUUGCAUGGGUGGUAAUGUGUUGCUAUCCUCACUUUUCAAUGCCAAUUAUUCACAGUAAACAGAACAGGAGUAAAACAAGGCUCCAAAAAGGAUUGGAAUGUGAAGUGAUAAUACCUUUACAAGUGUGUGUGAAGCAGAUACUGGAAAACAGUAAAUUACCUGAAUUAUGAAUUAAGGCUAUGACAGUAAUUUUGAAAUAUACAGUAAUAAGGAUCCUAAUUAAAUGAAAUACUAUGUCAAUAUAUUUUGUUUUUGUUUUACAGAAGAUAUCUUUAGGAAAGGAAUAAAUCUAGUUAUGCCUGAAAAACAAAAUAAUAAAGCAGUAGUUAUUAUUACAUUUCUACAUGCAGCAAAAACAUGCAAUAAUAUCAGUAUUUUGGGAGGGAUUAAGAAGUUUUAAAGAUUGAAAUUAAUUUCUAAUCCAAUCCAUAAAAUCGUGAAGAAAUCCAUUUUUCAGUGUACCAAAAUGACCGCUCCACACAUCUAUGGGGGGCGCUUUUUGCGUGGACGCACGCAGCCCCCUGAUCCCAGAGGGCAGCUCCCUGGAAGUUCAGGACUGGCACCACCUUCCCAGGUAGGAUGCCAGGGGUCUCCGCCUACCAAGCCUGGCAUGCAAUCCUGCCUGGGGAGGUGUAGCCAGGGGAUGGCCAGGUAAGGGGAGGGACAAACCGGCUCGGACAAUAGCAUUUGAAUCUUACCUCCAAGCACCAGUUGGUUCCAGAGCUUCUCCCACCCUCCACACCCUCAUUCAAUUUCCUUUGCAGGCUAACCUUUUCUCUACAGGUUCUCAGGCACUGCUACGUCAAGGCCGCUGUUGAAGGGUAGGAAAAAUUUCCCUGCAUUGGCAGGUUUCUCCUUUCCCGUAGCAAUACAUCACAACUUGGCAGUGUCAGGCCUUGGGCGGAAUUCUUUGGCGAUUUUCCUAGAGGGAGGGGCGUCCUCACCCCCUUGCGGCGACAAGAUCGGGGUACUGGGGGAAGCCUUGACCAUGCCAAUAGGUGUCAUUGCUUCUCCCUACCUGCGGCAGCAAACAGGGGGCGGGCUCUCUCUGCUUGAACAUAUGUUCUCCAGAGCCAGCCCAACCCCCAUACAUGUGGAUGACCCUGAAUUUGAAUAAAGUUGUGGCCAAUUUGAAUCCCAUAGCACAUUGUCUCGUGUAUUUAUUCUGCUUGGGGGGACGCCUGCAGGCUUGGGGGACUCCGCCUGUCCACGCAAAUAAAUGUACAUGUUUCAGAUACUUUUUAAAGCAUUCUUGUAUUGUUUAAAACAGCCUGGGGGGGAGUCCAACUGAUUUUGGUGUUCUAAUGUUAAUAUUGCAGGAUGAAUUACUAUUACAGGCAAGAAUUAUUGUUAGCCUUGGCAUCUACAUUAAUUACGGAAUUAGCUUAUAAUUUGCCCAGCUGGCUUGGUCUUUAUCAGGUUUGGAAAUAACAGAGAUAUGAGCAUCCGACUAUAUAAAUGGCAAAGAAGAGUGGGAAUAUAAAUCCAAUCUAUUAAUAAAAAUGUAUUGUGUGAGGGGAGUGCAUAAAGUUUCCACUCUGUUGUACAUGCCACACAAAGUUUUUAAAACUUCCAUAAGGAUACCUUCCAGUUAAAUAUUUUCCCUAAGCUAAAAAGCCAAAGUGUUAAAAGAUGGGCUCCUGUCAGUAAGAGAAUUUGUGUGAGUUUUACUUUUCCUUCUGGUUGGAGAAUGUUGAAGGUUUUCACUGUGUCAGAUGUGUAGUGGUUUCAGAAAUCUGGAAAUAGAGCUCUCAAUGUUGUUUUUGGUUACAACAAAACUUCAACAGUAGAUCAAUGAGGUGGGAGGGGCCAACCACGUCCCUGGCAUGGAAGAUAGGGUGAGGAUGCCCUAUUGUCCAUGAGGUUCAACAAUAUGAAGAAGAGAGCCUUGAGAGCUUACCACAGGACACAAUGUGCCGUACAGAAUUCUGGGGUUACAUUAUCCCCCAGGUGUGUUUCACACAUGGAAUGAUCAGAUUACUACACAGAAGGUAAUGGAAAGAUUUAUCAUCACCUGAAUGGCCUUGAUCUCCCAAAGUCUCAGACAGUGUGGAUAUAAUAUAUGGUGAUUCUCCACUUCAACUCCAUUCAUAGUGAUUUUUCAGAAUGCUGUGCAAUGACUUGUUUUUAUGCAAGAGAACCAGUUUUAGAAAUCACUUUCUGACAAGAGAGUCAGUGAUUUCUUUUCUUUUUCUUUUUCCUUUUUUCAGUGAUUUCUUUCUUCAUGAAAGAAAGCUGUUUCCUUUUGUAUUCAUGAGUACUAUAAUCUGCAUCUUCUCCCUAAAGGGAACUGCUGUUUGUCCACUGCUCACAACUGUCCACUUUGACUCUCAGACUCCGGAAAAGUUUAACCCGGUCAUUUCUUGGAGGAUAAGAGCCAGUUCCCAAAUAAAUGAAUAACUAAAUAAAUAAAGCCUUUUUCUGCAGGUGACCUGAUGGGCCCAGAUUCUCAUGUUGUGGGAUUGGGGUUGGUGGCCUAUGUGUGGGUGGGAGUGGGACACUGGGAGAA